AGGAAAUAAAGGAGAACAGCAAAUAACCGUUUUGUUUUUUCUGUCUACAGGACAACUCAACUUCCUCAUUUGUGAGUGGGAGUGUUUCCCCUUUACCAGGCUUUAGUGUUCAUCUGCUUUUGCUUUCAUUGCUGUUAGCUCCUCUGAUGUGUGCUAUCACUGACAGUCUUUUCAGGCAGGAAUUCUUCUUUUUUGGAUCUUUAGAUUUCUUCCCCCCGGUUUUUUGAGUAGUUGUGUUUAGGCCUGUACACUGGUGGCCGGAGCUACUUUGGUUGAGUGUCCGCUGAGUGUCCAUAGGGGCAGGACAUGGGACCUCAGACCUUGCUUUCAUCUCAUGUCAUCGUAAGACGGGACGGGAUGCGAGUACCACUGGGCCCCCACCACCGCAGUUUACCGCAGACCGAGAACUGAGGUCAGGACUGAGGCAAAGAUGUUUUUUGUGUGUUGAAACACCAGUACAUAGUAUGAUUGCAGAGAAGAAGGAAUUUUAUUAGUUCAGCCAAUUUAUUUUUUAUUACCAUACUGUACUUCAGCCUGGUUUCCUCUCCAAGUGGGACAAGGAGUAAGAACAUCAGUUUGAGGCUAUUUGCUUUGAUUCCCACUAGCAACAGCUGCAUUUCAGCUACGAGAGCUCAAUCAUCAGAAAACGGACAACUAAGCAAAGAAACAACCAGAAGAGAAAACGACCUCAUGCAGAGAAAAACCUAAACAGACCACCUGAAGAACAGUCUUCCCAAGAGCCAUGCAGUGUGUGUGAGCGGAGCUCUUUUGGCAUGCUGACGGAAGUUUCGGGCCGCGAGGCGGUGAGUGUUGGUCGGAGUCCAGGCGGGAGGGGUAGGGUGCCCUGGGUGGUGGCGCUGCUGGCCCUGGCAGCAGUCACCUCGUCCUCGUUGUCGGCCUUGUCGCUGUACCAUGUGCUGGCGCUGCAGGCGGAGGUGGAGGGCCUCCGCUCGGAGGUGAACCGCCGCCGGGAAGAGCGCUUGGGGGCACCAGAGGAGACCCCGCAGCAGCAGAGGGCCACAGGGGAGGACUGGACCCAGACAGGGCAGGAGAGGCAGCUUGAUGCCACAAGUGAAACUGUGACUGACAAGUCUGAAAGACAUGCCAAGAGAAGUAUCGGGGAAGGCCAGGCAGUAUUGCAGCCCUGUUUGCAGAUCUUGGCAGAUAGCAAGAGAACAACCUUUCAGAAGGAGUUUGCCCUGGAGAAGCACACAGGCAUCCCCUGGCAGACAGGCCUGAGACGGGGCGCUGCCUUGGAGCUCCGUGAUGACAUCAUCCAGGUCAAUGAGGAGGGCUUCUUCUUCAUCUACAGCCAGGUAUACUACACUGAUAAAAUGUAUGCGAUGGGACACAUCAUCAUACGCAUGAAAAAGACAGUGGUUGGGGACGAGCGCCAGUAUGUCAUCCUCUUCCGCUGCAUCCAAAACAUGAGCCAGCUCUACCCCUUCAACACCUGCUACACGGGAGGUAUAGUCAAACUAGAGGUGGGGGACAAGGUGGAAUUGCUCAUCCCACGAGAGUCUGCCGAUGUGUCUUUGGGGGGAGACUUCACCUUCCUUGGAGCCAUCAAGUUGGCCUGAGCAUUGAGACUGGUACUAGAGGAUUUAGCACACAAGUGCUUGUUUCCACAGACUGAACUAUUAUGGUAAUGCUGAAAUUCAUGUAAGAAAACCCCAUAAAAACAUAUCAAGGAAGAUGGGAGGAACAGAUAUACCCUUUUGGGCCAUUCUUGACUUACUGCUUCAGUGACCGUCAAACUGGGAAAAGUGGGAAAGGUCUCUGCCCUUGACAGACCUUCCCAGGGUAGACCUCACCUAACCUGUACCUAGACAACACAACUCCUACCUGUACCAUAACAUGCAACAGAACAAAAGCCUUCUGGUAAAUAUUAGUAAUGGAUAUGAAGUGAGAGCAUCAUGAAGUGCAUGCCAGAUGUGGGAAAAGUCCCUUUGUUACUUACACCCCUGCUUCUCGCCUGCAACUGAUAACUGAUGCCCAUGGUGGAUUGUACAUUUUACUUUAGCUGCAGGAACAGGAAAAAGAUCACACAAACACACACACACACUCACUGGACACACAAGUAAACAGCACACACAUGAACCACUGGGAAUGUGUACAAAAGUUAAUAUUGGAACCACUCUGAUUUCUGUGACCUGAUCCUACCUGAAGGUACAUUUUGUAGUGCAAUAAAUGCAUUUGCAGAUCA